GAAAGAGCAGAAAAUGGAAGAGAUCGGACAACGGCAGAGAGACAAAACAAAGCAGGUCCCCUGCACUGUGUGUGAGGAUGAGUCUUCCAGUGAGGAUGCUUCUACUGUGCCUUCUGCCCCUGCUCUAUCACAGAGCUGCUGCCCAGGUAACAGAUGACGCAUGCUGCACCAGUGGGUACGAGUGGGCAUCACAAAAGAAGGAUUGUGCCGGCCUACCCGUUAUCUCAGACUCCAAGCAGUGCAAAAUAACCCAAGAACAAUGCUGCAUAAACCAGCUGGAGGAACUGCACUGUACCACCGGCAUCACCAUUGCCAACGAGAAAGACGUCUGUGACAUCAGUGACCAGGAGAAUAAAUCCAGCUGUGAAGCCAGGUUUGUGAAGCGUUGCUGCAACUGCUGCUUGCUGGGAAGGAUGGCUCAGGCGCAGGGUCAGAACUGCGAGCAGAUCAUGUUCCUGGGUUACCAGUGCAGCCUUGUCUUCAGAGCUUGCUGUGUGAAAGGACAGGAGGGGCACGAUACCCCCAAUCAUGAUGAAGCCAGCAACACUUUGGUCCCCCGCUCUGAUGUGGAAGACCCCUACCUGAACGACCGCUGCAGAGGUGGCGGGCCCUGUACGCAGCAGUGCAGAGAUGUCGGCAGCAGCGUCAUCUGCUCCUGUUACGCCGGAUACAAGCUGCAGCCGGACGGAAUCACCUGUGAAGAUAUAAAUGAAUGUAUCUCGGGAACACACAACUGUAAGGUGGGACAGAUCUGCAUCAAUCAGUUGGGAUCCUUCCGCUGUCAGAGGGAGAUUAACUGUGGCACUGGAUAUGAACUCACAGAGGAUAACAGCUGUAAAGAUAUUGAUGAGUGUACGUCAGGAACUCACAACUGCCUGCCCACCUUCAACUGCCAGAACACGCCCGGCUCCUUCCGCUGCCGCCCCAAGCUGCAGUGUAGCGCUGGCUUCAUACAGGAUGCCCUGGGCAACUGCAUUGAUAUCAACGAGUGUCUCAGUAUCAACGCGCCAUGUCCUCAGGGCCAGACCUGUAUUAACACGGAAGGUUCCUACACUUGCCAGCGGCACGUUGUGAAUUGUGGGCGGGGCUAUCACCUCAGCGCCGACGGUACAAAGUGCGAAGAUGUAAAUGAGUGUUCCAGCAUCCAGAACCCAUGCGGAGAGGGUCACAUGUGCCUGAAUGUCGCCGGCUCUUAUCGGUGCGAGUGCCGGGCAGGCUACCACUUCGAUCCCCUGACCAGAUCAUGUGUUGACAUUAAUGAGUGUCGGGGAUACUCCGGACGUGUCUGCGCCCACAAGUGUGAAAACACCGCCGGCUCCUUCUUUUGCAGCUGUACCACCGGCUUCAAGCUUGCCUUGGACGGCAGGACCUGUGAAGAUGUGGAUGAAUGCAACAGCAACCCCUGCAGUCAGGAAUGCGCCAAUGUCUACGGCUCGUACCAGUGUUACUGCCGCCGUGGCUACCAGCUAAGUGACGUGGACGGCAUCACAUGUGAAGACAUAGAUGAAUGCGCUUUGCCUACUGGCGGACACAUUUGUUCUUAUCGGUGCAACAAUGUUCCCGGAAGCUUCCGAUGCACUUGUCCUCUCACCGGAUACACCCUGGCCCCUAAUGGCCGAAAUUGUCAAGAUGUGGAUGAAUGUGUGACGGGGACACAUAACUGCAGCGGUACCGAGACCUGCUUUAACGUCCAGGGAGGGUUCAAAUGCCUCUCAUUCGAAUGCCCAAAGAAUUAUCGGAAAGCCGCUGAAACAUAUGAGAGAUCGGACACAAGUCGCUGUAUCAAGUCCUGCCGGCCGAACGACUUAAACUGCAUCACGGAUCCCGUCCACACGAUAUCAAACACGGUGAUCUCUCUGCCCACUUUCCGGGAAUUCAAUCGUCCAGAAGAAAUUAUCUUCCUCCGCGCUAUAACUCCGGCGUAUUCACCAGGCCCUCAGCCGGACAUCAUAUUUCAAAUCACUGAGGGCAACCUGAGAGAGUCCUUUGACAUCCAGAAACGUUAUGUGGAUGGGAUGAUAGUUGGUGUUGUCCGUCAAGUGAAGCCUAUUGUGGGUCCAUUCUACACCAUCCUGAAGCUGGAGAUGAACUACGUACUGGGCGGAGUAGUCUCUCACCGAAAUAUUGUCAACGUCCACAUUUUUGUCUCAGAAUUCUGGUUCUAAAUGUUGUCAUACCCCGCGUCUUGCAUCACCGCCAGGCAUAUAACUCUGGCCUGUCUAAUUUACUAAAGCCUUUCUCAACGGUACAAACAUAAUGUCCAUCUUCUUAUGGAACGGGGCUGUCCAGCUGUCGGCCUGGGGCCCACACGUGGCCAUCAAAGGCUUUUAAUUGGACGCCAGUUUAAUUGUUAAUUCUUUAAAGACCUGAUUGCAUUAAUAAGAGUUGGUGCAUGGACAUGUAUAAAAAUAUGUUUUGUCCUUUGCAAUAAAAUAUAUAACGCCCCUCCUUUAGACAGAGGAGGAAAGUAAUGGGUUUAAUAUAAAGAGUAAUACACUCCCUUCUGUGACUUAUAAUGAUUGUAGAAAUCACAGUGACUUAUUUGCAGGGGUUUCUUCAUAUAUUGACAUCACCUGUGCAUUAUAUAAAUCCAUUAAGAUGUAGUUAAUAUGCAUCUCAUGGCAGCCAAUCAGAUUUUAGCUUAGACUAGCACGAUGCUAAUUACCGUGAUAGAAGCGUGCUGCACGCUUGGCUCCAUGUAAAUCGGAAAAGCGUUAUUAAGACAUCUUGCGUUAGCGAUCUAUUUAUAACUCUGGUGUUUCUUUAAAUAAAAAAAUAUUUAAAAAACAAUUGUAGGGAUCGGAGAAUUUGUCCGCAUUCGGUAUAAGAAGAAUGUACAAUGCCACAGCGACAUAUUAAGUAAUGAGCAUCACGCCAUGCACUGAUUUCACCAACAAAUACUAUUUUGUGGUUAUAGCUUGUUUGUCCUUUGUUUUUGUUUUGUUUUUUUCCGCCUUGUUUUUUAGAAAAUUUUUGAGACUUUUUGAAGCAAAAGUGGACUGGCGCCAGAUUUCCUUCUGUGUUAGUAGACACGUGCCUUCAGAGAUAAUAUCCGCCAUAUUGAUACAGGAAACAACACAGGGCUUCACUGACACCGCCAAAUUGACCAGCAAGACAUUAAAGACAAGCGACCUUGAGAUCACUGAUCCAUGUAGCCAUCAUAGCAAUAGACAAGAGCCAUAUAUAAUGAUGAUGAUGAGGUCACCUGUAUUUUAAUAUUGGAAUAAGUGCUUCAUUGUGUUAGUUUUACCAUUUGAAAACAGAAUUUUGUAGAUGUUGCCUAAAAAAGAAAAACACAAGUGGCUCAUGAUUCCAAAAUUUUUUGGAAAAAAUAAAAUAAAAUUUUUGUAAAUAUAAUAAAGUAAGCAAAGCAUUUUAUUAAAUAACAAAACAUGUAUUUACCAUAAAACACAAAUCUCCUAGUACCGAACUUCAGGUACUUGUCACUAAGCCUCGGAGAGAGAUAAAGUGGAAAGAGAGAAAGUACCAGCCAAUCAGCUCCUAACUGCCGUGUUACAUGAUGUGUUUAAAAAACUGACAAGUUGGAGCUGAUUGUCUUGUACUUUAUCUUUCUCUACUUUAUCUCUCUCUAAGACUUAGUAUAUCUGCCACAACAUUUGAUAUGAGGCACGUUGCCCGUUUUACACCGCACAUUCUCGGAUGUCUCCAGUAGACAGCGGCCACUCUUAUACUCUUACCUGUACUUAGCAAACACUUACGGCCAAAACUGUCCAUACACUUACAAUUCUGCAGCUGCUUGCUCAGUACACAGAUACCUUUCCGGCACAGAAAUGAAUUGUCAUCCCGGCCUUAAAUGUCUGUGGUGCAUGGUUCACCUCUACUGUGCAGAACGUAUCCGUGAAAGCCCCUAACCCCCCCUCCCCAAUCGCAUAGGGUCUGAAGUCUAAUAUAUAUGCUCAACUCUAAACACACUGAGACCUCGUUCCCUGGGGACUUGGCAUGACAAUAACAUGACACAUAUACGCCCCUCCCCCCCCCCCCCCCAACAUGAGUCCCGAUUCCCAAACGUAGGAUCUGGGAAGGUCUGCUGCAAUGCAUCUGCUUUUCAUGUGCCCAUAUUUCAAUUGGAGAUAUGUAAAGGUAUACGGUAGUCUUGUUUUUGUUUGUUUGCCCAGUAACAAUCAGAUGAACGGUUGUAUAAUAUUGUAUAUGAAUGUUAUGUUGUGGUUAGUGGAAAGAGGAUUUUCAGUCCCUAUCCUCUGCUCACAGGAACAUUAGAAAGUGGAUUUAUCUGUGCUUUUACGUAUAUAUUUACUAGUGCUUAUUGUAUUGUACGAACGCCAAGCCGCUAGGUGUGCAUGAUUGUGGCAGUGUGCAGGAAGCAACAACACAUCAUUGGAAGGCUUAUAUAUUAACAUGGCACAAACAGUAUAACCGUCCGCACAGAAUGACAUGGCACAGAAUUUCUGCAAAAUUAUAUGUCCAAUUUAUUUGUUGCUGCAAACCGGGGGAGUGGUUUUUGUGAUAAGGGUGUGGCCUGAUGGAUUAAGUGAGUAGUCCAAGAGAGAUUGGGGGUGUGACCAAUUGUUUCAUGAUUUUUGUUUUGGAACGCUGAGAAAUAAUGUUCUGUAGGGAUGGCCUUCAACAGGCGGGAAGGGGGGGGGGGGGGUACACCAUUGAUGGUUAAAACAUCAAUUUCCAUGCGUAGCAGAAGGGAACAGCGGCUUAGCAUAUGCAGUACUUCCAAGCAUAGAGAUUUUGCCUUCGACCCCAAUAAAUGGUAAAACUAGUUACUCCUGGGAGGAAAGUGUUGAUGGCUGUGCCUAUCAUGAUGUAAUACAGAGUAAAUAUAUACCUGCCAACAUUUUAGUUUCCACACAGUCCCAUGCAAGCUGCUUGCAACUUCUUAUUGGUCCGUUACUAUCUAUCCCUUCCCCCCUAACCUGUAGCCCCUACAAAAACACUUUCAGCAAACUGUUCCUUUUACUCAGUUUGUCAGCAAUUUAGCCCAAAUGAACUUGCGUUCAAAUCUAAAUUGGUCCCUUAAAAUCCAACAGAGCAAGACGUCAUGAAUGCAGUCUUUCCAUUCGCUAGGAAGGAACCAGCGACGGCACUCAGGCCUGGAAAGGAGAAUGCCUAUUCAUUUCAAUGCUUCUUUAAUAUCCUUGUGGUUUGAUGUGAUAAAAAUUCCCCCAGCACAAAUUUCCCUCACAGCCUGCUCCUGUGUGUAGCAGAGUAUGGGGCAUAUAGUGCAGGUUUUUUUUCGAAGUGGAGAUGUUGCCUAUAGCAACCAAUCAGAUUCUAUUUAUCAUUUAUCUAGCACCUUCUAGAAGAUAAAAGCUAAAAUAUGAAAUAUGUAUUUGGACCAUGUUAUCAUAUAAGGUUUACUAUGAUACAGUGAAAUACCACUUGUAGCCUAAAGGUGGCACUGUUGCUAUUGAUUGAGAGACAGACCUCUUCUAGGUAGCAGUAUAAUAAAGGGUAUUUCAUACAGCUGAUGAAAAAAACCACAAAUGCAGAUUCCAUGUAUUAUAAGGAUUUGCCUUACAGUAAAUAAAACCUCAUGCUUUCUCUUUUACAUAACUAUUCCACCAAUAUAAAAAUGUGUCAGAUUGUUAAGCAGCGAACAUUAUUCUAAUAAUUUCUGGCAAAUGUUUUGGUCUCUUCACUGUUGUUUUUCCAUAUUUUAAUAAAAGUUUUCUUUGGAAUAAAUAAA